AUUUAACUUACCUGCAAUAAUUGAAAUAAUUCCGAUCGAUGAGACACGUCACUUUUUACAAUGAGUUUCACAAUUAGACAAUAGAGAAAAUUCCAAAGGAAGAAUUUUGAAUUUUUGUUUUAUAAGCCUGCCUUAGUUUACUAUUUCUUCACUAGGUGGCUACACGUAGUCAGUGACUGUAAACGGGCCAAAUUUUCAAAUAAAAAAAAGUUAUUUAUAUUAUUAAUUUAUGGUUUUGUAAUUGUAUAUUUUUAAUUAAAACUUCAGUACCGUUUUCUCGUCGUGAAUUUGGAAACUCAGUACAAUUCUAACGAUAAUAAACAUGCACAUAGUAUGACAACACAUAGUUUAAAGUGAUCUUAAUUAUAAAUGGUAUAAUACGGGUGUUCAGUGCAACAUAUUUUAUAAUCAGUAAUCAUGGUUUGAUGCUCGACAAUCUAUAAGUUCUCUAAGAACUAAAUAGGCAAACAUGGAAAUGACAAGCGCAGAGCCUAUGGAGGAAAGUCUGGAGAAGGUCCAAGCAAAUCCUCCAGUACAAGUCGUGAGGGUUCCUGUAAAGCAUGCUAAUCUUGGGAUAAGGAGCCCUGCAAUGGAUAUGAGCACGAUGGUAGAAUUGACUUCGUUUAGCACACUUGGAAAAAUACAACCCUUUCUAGUUACUAUAACAACUACAGCAGCCUUAUUGGUGGAUUUACAUUGUCAUUUAACAGAUAAAGAAGUUUGUGGCUACCUAGGUGGUCAUUGGGACAUUAAUUCGCAUAAUCUAUCAAUCACAACUGCCUUUCCAUGUCGAUACUCUGGUAAGGAUAAAUCAGCUGCAGCUGCAGUUGAAGCUGAAAUCGCAAGGGCUAUGGAAUGGAAGCGAGUAACAUUAGUUGGAUGGUAUCAUUCUCAUCCCAGAUCUCAUGCUUCCCCUUCUCUUAGGGAUGUUGAUUCCCAAUUGGAUUAUCAGAUUAAAAUGAAAGGACCUAUUGAUAAUUGUUACACACCAUGCGUGGGUUUGAUCUGCUCUCCUUACAAUACAGAUGGUAGUUGUUAUGAGUCGAAUUUUAACGUUUUUUGGUCUUUACCACCGCCAGAAAAUCGGCCUCAUGAAUACCCGAGACCAAUGCUUCUAAGUUACACAUUAUCUCAAGAGCAUUUUCUUUCUCAAGAUACAUUAGAAGAAAUUAGAAGGAGUAUAGAAUAUUAUAGAAGUGAAGGAGGUAUUGACUUUACUGCCAAUUUUAAUAAUAAUACGACCUAUCUUGAACGUUUAAGGUGUUCUUUAGCGUCCAAGUUACCCGGUCGUAACAGAUCGAAUGGUUCAUACUGGGAUGUAAUUAGAGAAAUGAUUUGUCCUGGUACAGAGGAUGGAUCAACACCUGAAGUUCUCGCUAUGAAAUUCCCAUUGGUACCGCCAGUCUCCGAUUCACUUGUCUCAUCGGUUCCAGCAGGAAUUGGUCUUCCACCUAAUAACGCGCCUGUCUUCCUUACGCCUGUGAACUUCAAGCCCGAUGGUGCUAUAAUUACUCCUACAUCGAAACCUUACGUUAUGCAACCAUCCACUUCUAGAGACAGUAUUAAAAAAGAUAUUCUAGCUACGGAUAGCGCAUCUAUUACGCAAUUAAAAGAUGGGAAUUCUUCAUCAAAACAACAUAUGUCGUCAUCAGAAAUGAUGCCUAGCUUCCAAUCCGGAGAACUUACAGUUUCUGUGAAAAAUACUAAAUGCGAUUAUGAUUUUGCACCUGCUGAUUUUUCGAAAGUGUCUCUUGGAGCGGAUACGGGUGUUAACAAAACGCGAUCGUCAGCAACACCCGAUUUCCCUUUGGCUGAUAUAACGCAACAAAUUUCGAAGUUCUCGGAUUUGUCAAAAUUGGCUAAUUUUUCCACCACGGAUUUAGCGAAACUCUCUGGAUUUCCUAUUCCAGAUUUUGCGAGAACGUCGUCACUGUCACCGUCCACAUACAUGCGUAAUAUCGCGAAUCUCUUCGGUCAAAUGGGUAAGAUCUCUCCAGCGAGAGACAUCGAAGGAAACGAACGCAAAUCAGGCGAUUUCAGUAUGAUUGAUACUAUACAGUCACCGUUCAAAAUAUCAACCGGAUCUUCAGAACCUUGCAGAAACUUUUCAACAGCCCCAGAGGAUUAUUCGACCGACCGCAUGAAACUGGACGUUCAGCACGAUAACGCGAAGCAUAGUCGAUCAAACGACUAUCAAGGAACUGAGGAUUUAUCUAUACCUAAAUCUGAAUAUAGUGGUACAUUGGACAUGACUACACACAAAAAACAAUCACAGGCUAAUGAUAUCGGCGAUUCAUUAAACCUAUCAAAAGAUCGUCAGUAGAUUAGCUAGACUCAUCAGUAUUUUACGAUUGUGAUUAUUUCUGUAUGUUUUAUAUCUCGUCAUCCAUUUAACAUUGUCUGUCUGCAUGAACGUAAUGUGAUUUAUUAUUACUAAAUGUAACUUCUAUUUUACAUUUACUACGCGCGUAUUGUUUACGCGCAAAUUAAAUUAUCUUUUGUAAUUUUGGGGACACUAAACCAUGAAAAUGAUUUUCACACCUAUUGUACUUAAUAUAGAUUAAUGUUUUUCAACAACCGCACUAAUUUAUUCAAAUGCGAAUCAUAUACUUUUAUAACUUUAGGUUUCCCUAAAAAGUGGUGAGGUACUUCAUUCGUUAAUUAAUACAUGCUUUUUGCAAAUUAAAGGGCAUCUAAUAUUCAUAAUA